GGUUGAACAGAACCCAUUGUGGUCUGGAAGAGGAGUAAGCAGCAACCUGAGAGAACAAAUAGAAGAGAUAAUUCUGUGACCACAGAGACUCAUAUUAAGCAACCGGAUAUGGACCUUAAUACACAACACAGGCGCUGUUGUCCCGUGUGAGGAGGACCGUGUCUUCUACACAGAAAGAUCCGGAAUAUGAAGAGUUAAGACUCGACAUCCCAACUGUUUAUUUCUGCAGCUAGCAGGCUAGCUGGCUAGAUGUCUAAGUCCGCGUGAGUCCGCUUGAUUUAGAGAUUUUCGUCGAGCCUUAAAGAAGCGCCUUUACAUAAUAAUGGCUGUGAUUUAAAAAGGACCGUUCGCUCGGCAAAGAAGAAACGGCAACUUUGAAGAAUGGUUUCAACUGAGCUCUGAUUAUUUCACUACUAAAGGGGAAAGUCUCACACAGGAUUGCUUGCUAAAGCUUUUGCCCUCAGCCUAGAAGAGAGAACAUGACGCACUGGCCACUGCCAGCGACUGGCAGAGGGCAGAUGUGCCAGCUGUGUCCCUGCCUGCUGCUCUAGAAGUUUCUCCUUUUACACCAUGGCGCAGAGGAAUUGAGGUUAACUCCUUGGGAUUCUGCACAAAACCUCACCUUCUCCCCACCCCUUAAUGCACCCCUUAUCCCUACCCAUUCCCACCAUGCUGCGCUUCCUGCCUCUCAAACUUGGCCGCCUGUAUCGCUGUCUGAAGCUCCUUUUGGUGUUGGGAUUGUUUGUUGUUCUGUUAAUGAACACCCACAACUUAUUUGCUUCCUUCCAGAAGAACGAGCUCACAGACAGGCGAUUCAUUAACCUCAACAAGUGUCCUGCCUGCUUUGGCACCAGCUGGUGUCGUAAGUUCAUGAACGGACAGGUUUCCUUUGAAACGUGGGGUCGCCUGCGGUUUUUAGACGUAUUCAAUGUCAAGAAUGUUUUCUUCGCUCAGUACGGAGAGCCCAGGGAAGGCACCCGACGUGUGGUGCUCAAACGGCUAGGCUCCAACCAGGAGCUGGCUGAGAUAGACCAGAAAAUCUGCAAGAGGGCCACAGGCAGGCCACGCUGUGACAUCAUCCAGGCCAUGUACAAGACUGAAUUUGCCCGGAUCAACGGGGACGUUCGCCUGCUUACUCCAGAUGUGGUAGAGGGCUGGUCAGACCUGGUGCACUGCCCCUCGCAGAGAUUGCUGGACCGUGUGGUCCGAAGGUAUGCCGAGACCAAGGACUCUGGCAGCUUCUUGUUAAAAAACCUAAAGGACACAGAAAGAAUGCAGCUACUUAUGACUUUGGCAUUCAACCCAGAGCCUCUCGUACUACAGAGCUUUCCGUCAGAUGAAGGGUGGCCGUUCGCCAAGUACCUGGGAGCAUGUGGGCGCAUGGUAGCUGUUAACUACGUGGGCGAGGAGCUGUGGAGCUACUACAAUGCACCGUGGGAGAAGAGAGUGGAUUUGGCACGGCAGCUGAUGGACAUUGCCGAGCAGCUCACCAACAAUGACUUUGACUUUGCCCUGUACCUGCUAGAUGUCAGCUUUGAUAACUUUGCAGUUGGCCCUCGUGAUGGAAAGGUCAUCAUUGUCGACGCUGAAAACGUUCUGGUGGCAGACAAAAGACUGAUAAAGCAAAACAAGCCCGAGAACUAUGAUGUGUGGUACGAGAGCCGUUACGAGGAGUGCGACAGGGAGGCCUGCCUGUCUUUUUCAAAGGACUCACUUUGUUCCAGGGUCACUGUGGACCACAAUUACUAUGCUGUGUGUCAGAACCUGCUUUCGAGAUACGCUACAUGGCGGGGCACCACUGGAGGCCUCCUUCAUGACCCGCCCACCCACGUAGCCAAAGAUGGACAUCUUGACUCUCUGUUGGAUGAGUGCACCAAACCCAAAAAGCGUUAUGGCCGCUUUCAGGCGGCUAGGGAACUGCGUGAAUACCUCACACGGCUAGCUGCCGCCUCCUCCUCUGCCAUGGCCAGGUAAUGCAUGGAGUCGGCGUUAGCCUGAUGCACUUAGACUGGAUUUUGUACUCCUUAUCCCCGGA